CCUUCUUCAGAUAAAAUGUCCUGGCAACAUUACAAAGCAAAAACAAACAAGCUGAAAAAUGGAUUCAUCUCAGGGAAGCUCAGCUGCUACUAGUACACUACAGAAGAUUGUGAUUCCGAACAGCAACAACGAGAAGCUGGUGGGUCUGCUUCAUGAUACUGGUUCUACUGAAAUUGUGGUCUUGUGCCAUGGCUAUCGAUCUAACAAGAAUGACCCAGUCAUGAAAACUGUUGCUACUGCUAUAGAGAAAGAAGGGAUCAGCGCUUUCCGUUUUGAUUUCUCUGGGAAUGGAGAGAGUGAAGGCAGUUUCUAUUUUGGUAACUACAACUACGAAGCUGAUGAUCUACAUUCUGUUAUCCGAUACUUCACUAACAUGAACCGUGUGGUUCCUAUCAUUCUCGGCCACAGUAAAGGAGGUGAUGUGGUCCUCGUCUAUGCCUCCAAGUACCACGAUAUCCCCAAUGUAAUCAAUCUUUCGGGACGAUAUGAUCUAAAGAAAGGCAUAGGAGAGCGUCUUGGGGAAGAUUUUUUGGAAAUAGUUAAGCAACAAGGAUUCAUUGAUGUUCAAGAAGGAAACUCCGGGUAUCGUGUUACCGAGGAGAGCUUAAUGGAGAGGUUGAACACUGAUAUGCAUGAAGCUGGUCUCAAGAUUCACAAAGAAUGCAGGGUCUUGACGGUUCAUGGAUCCGCGGAUGAGGUUAUACCCCUGGAAGAUGCCAAGGAGUUUGCGAAGAUCAUACCCAACCACAAGCUGGAGGUUGUGGAAGGAGCUGAUCAUUGUUAUACCAAACUUCUAAGUCAACUAGGUUUAAGAAUAAUGGUAACCAAAGUAAAUUUCUUCGUUAAUAAAGCGCUCUUGCUGCAGCACAUGAGACUUGCACGAAACUGUGUUAUAUGUCAAUAUUAUUUUUGUUAAUAUGGCAAUCAAAUAUAUAUGGAUUUGUCACUAAACUAGCAGGAUACCAAUGAGCAGGGUCUUGAUGAACAUCACAAAUCAAAAUCAUAUAGCUCAAAUACUGUUAUUAUUUAGGCU